AGUUUAGCUUGUUUCAGCUUUCAUCACCUUCAACAGUUUCGUAUUUCUGGAGCAGACAUCGCGGGAGGACAAGUCCAGACUAGUUUCAAUCCUAAAUUACGCGUUAAAAGGUCGUAGUCCCUCCGAUGCCCACCUUAAUAUUGCUGCCGCUACGACGCGGCUCAGAGAUAUCGCCUGCUUCAUUCAUUCGCAGGACUUAAUCGCCGUUUCUGCGUUAGUUCUUAGAAACACGAGUCUCCGUUCCCGAAAAGACGCGCAGAGACUUGACGCCACCUUCGUGUUAGAACGUUGCAUCACUGUACAGGUUCGACCGGUACGACAUUUAAAACUCUUCUGUUUCGUCCGUUCAAACGUGCAAUGGCGAACCAUCUGAUCGCCGAUCUCAAGCUCGUCUUGAAAGGCGCCGAGCAAGUGGCCAAAGCCAUGUGCGAGCACGGCUCCUCGGAGCUCCGACAAUCGUGGCACAACUCAAGCGUGCGCACCGUGGCGAAGAAGGUUUCCAUGGACGUCGAGGAAGUGGUCAGCAAUGCUGUAGCCAACCCUCAGGAAGCGGGGUUGGAAGCUGCAAAAGCCGUCUCCGAGACCGUGCAGAGGUUAUCCAUGAUACCCGAGGGCAUCAAGCAGUUUUCGGUGCAGGCACUCCAGCAGGCACGUCGGCAAGACAGCCACGCAGCGGAAGGGCCCCAAAAGCUAUCUUGGGAUGGCUUAGAAGAUGAAACGCACCUAAAUUACACGCCGCCACGCUCCACAGCGCAAGUCUCCACAGACCACAGUGUCGCUUCGUCAGCUCCGGACAGUCCCCUUUCGACGCCAAAGCCAAGUGAGACGACCGAACAAAAGCAAGGUAGCCAGUUGAGACAGCAGCAACCUGCCUCAUUUGGGAGCGCGCCAUCAAAACUACGUUUCUCAACUCCAAGGCACAAGCCAAUGCUGACCGAGCACUCUAAAGCCACGAGAGUGCCAGCAUCAAGAGUUGGAAGGCUCAUGUCAUAUGGAGGUCUCGCUGCCGGGCUAGGCCUGGGUGCGCUGGCGGAGGUGACCCGACGAACCCUGGGCAUGACGGACCCCAAGACAGCCAUAGGUUCUGCCGUGUUGAGUGCCGACAACCCGUUCCUGACCGAAGCUAACAUCAGCCGCAUUGUUGACACACUCUGCAAAGUUCGUGGAGCUGCGCUCAAGAUUGGUCAGAUACUCAGUAUUCAGGACAGUACGCUGGUCAGUCCACAAAUUCAGGCAAUAUUCGAGCGUGUCCGACACUCGGCCGACUUCAUGCCAGAAUGGCAAAUGGAGAGGGUGAUGGUGCAAGAACUGGGACCUGACUGGGAAUCCAAAGUCGCCUCAUUUGAGCGCAAGCCAUUCGCAGCAGCCUCCAUCGGCCAGGUUCAUCUAGCGACCCUGCACGACGGUAAGGAAGUGGCAGUCAAAAUUCAGUAUCCCGGUGUUGCCCAAGGAAUCAAUAGUGACAUCAACAACCUCAUGGCCAUCCUCAAAUACUGGGACAUUAUACCGAAAGGCAUGUACAUUGACAAUGUCGUGGCCGUGGCGCGCCGGGAACUUGCCUGGGAAGUCGACUACUUGCGGGAAGCCGAGUGUGCAAAAAAGUUCAAGAAACUGGUGGAGCCAUAUCCUGAGUAUUACGUCCCGGACGUCAUCGACGAAUUGUCGGCGGCCCAGGUGUACACAACAGAGUUGAUCUCGGGGACCCCUGUCGACAAGCUCGUCGACGCUUCGCAGGAACUGAGGAACCGGGUUUGCUAUGGCCUGUUGAAAUUGUGCCUGCUAGAGCUGUACGACUUCAACUUUAUGCAGACAGACCCCAACUGGUCAAAUUUCUUCUACAAUGGUGACACCGACCAGCUCAUGCUUCUUGACUUCGGGGCAUGCCGGGAAUACGACAAAAGCUUUGUGGACAAGUACAUGCGGGUGAUCAAGGCCGCAGCUGACCGCGACGAGUCCAAGGUGCUCGAAUACUCCACGGAUCUUGGCUUCCUCACGGGCUACGAAGCCAAGGUGAUGCAGAAGGCACACGUAGACGCAGUCAUGAUUCUGGGCGAAGCGUUCUCCAGGGACGGCCCCUUCAACUUCGGAAUGCAAGACACGACGCGCCGGAUUCAGAAUCUGGUGCCCGUGAUGCUGCAGCACCGGCUCACGCCGCCGCCCGAAGAGACGUACUCGCUGCACCGGAAGCUCUCUGGUAUAUUCCUGCUAUGCGCCAAGUUGCGCGCCGACAUCAACUGCAAGGAACUGUUCGACGAGACCUACGCUCGAUACCGAUUCCAGAGCUGAUGCAUUGUACGUAGGCAAUUAGUAACAGUUUGACAGCGCUAGGGUGGUGUUAAGGAUUAUUUUUCAUGAGGUUCAGUGACUGGCAUGUUCUAACGUUGCAAUCAAGUACAGAAUGUGUUUAAUUGUGAUCAUUUGUUACGAGCAUUCACUCAAUAAGACGAUUUUUCAUUUUUCUCAGGUACAGUUCACUGGAUCAAACAUUUGCCCAACUAAUGAUAACUUUAGUGAUGGUUAAAAUGAAAGCAACCUACUUAGCUGCGCAUGUAAGGGCUCUUUCUUUGCACAUAUGUUUACUCUCAGAGCAGCAUUCACAUUUUUUUAUGUCAUGAGAAUGAGCAAAAAUGUUGUCAUACGUGUUGCUCGCAAAAAGAAAACAGCAGUAUGUCACUGUCAGCUAGACUAACUACUUUGCAGUAAACUAUGACCCAUGUCGAGGUCUUGCACAAGCAGACACACCUGCUUACAUGAAAAUAUAGGCAUUCAAAGCUCUUAAAUGAUGCACAGUUUGAAGCCAAGUCAUGGCACGCUCAGACUUUAUGUGUUCACGCUCACACUAAUAUGCAUUUAAUAAUUUCAGUCAAAUCAAUCAUCUUAGGCACAGUGCCCUUUGAACCUGCUGGAGCAUUCAGUUUAAAAACUUGUCGCAAACAUGGCAAUUAAGUGGCAGCUUUGACCACGCAACAUAAGCGCAGCGACGUAGAAAUCGUGCAGAGGCAUUGCGGUAAUUAAUGAUCUCGGCGAUGACCAAUGAGCUAGUCAUAGCACCUUAUUACUUGUGAGAAAUUAAAAGAGAAGUCAUUAUGGUGAAUAUAAUUGCAAAUAUACUAGUAUGUUUUGGACAGACGAACCCCCACCUAGACUUUCUUCCCUAGAGAGAUGCACCACCUACCCAACUGGCAUAGUCAGUGCAAUUCUUCAACACCAUGACGUGAAUAAAGCCACAACUUAAAAAUUUAGUUGUGUACUACUUAAAAAUGCAAAAGAGGUGCCGUGGAAGCUGGUUGUUUCCAUAGCUAGAAAUAGUAGUUGCGUUCACAUUUUCGUCAAUGUUCUCCGAUGGCGUAGUCAUCAACCAUUCGACUUGUGUGCAUCCACAAUUGUCCUGGAAAUCGCACUGCAUUCUAAUGUUGUGUGCAAUAAAUUCUCGAAAGUUCUGGGGAGGUCUAGCAUUUUUGAAGAAAUUUCUUUAUCGGAGGAAUCACCUUGUAUGUACAAAUGCUUUUAAAGUUUGCUGGCAACAGUCUUUAGCUAAAUUGAGGAGGAUGUUCAGUCAAGUGAAUUCGUUAACAAAACUUGUUCAGCAGUACCAUACUCUUACAAAAAACACUUCGACAAAUUGUGUCAAUUCUUGAAGGAAAUAAAUUUGUGCCGCUUGUCACAAGUCUUACACAUACAGGCAUGCAAAAAAUUAGCAAGCUCGUCUACUAUACUAGUGCAAGCCUUAAAAACUGCCUUUGCAAGUUUUAGGGAACCAAUACCGGUGUUUUGUUUCGUUUGUUUACAUGUUCAUGCACUUAUAGAUGGUGUUGAACAACUGUUGAAAUAAAAGAAAAAAAAGCACA